CCCUCCUUCCUUUCCCUGCCCUGUCUGUCCUUGAGUAAGGGCUUAGCAGUCAGGUAGAUUUCAGGGCUGAGAUGGUCAAGCACAGCCAGGGCAGCCCCCAGAGGGAAUGGAGGGCAGGCAGGGGGCACCCUCAGGCCAGCCUCUCUGGGGAUUUGUGACUUUACCUCUUCCUCCUCUAUUUUCAUUUUUCUCUUUAUUGUUGUUAUUAUUUUUUCUCAUUCCUUCUCUUGCUCAGUUUUUCCACCUUGUCAUCUUCCUCCUCCAACCCCUUUUGACAAAACACUUACUACCUAGCUACGUUUCUUCUAAGAGCAAACCGUAUAGGACUAUGACAGGUGGAGUGUCAGAGGCAUGCCCCAUCCGUAAGCCGCCCUAUGGUAGCGACCCCACGUGCAUAGCCCCGUGCACACAGUAUUUGCCCGGCACUUCCAUAGGAGUCCCAGAGAAACAAGGCAGCUGGCCAUUGAAGACUGUGCGAGGUGCCCCCUUCUUCCUACUCUCUGUUUACUAUUCUUGGCCAAAGAAGGUUCAUUGACCAGGUUCCAUUAAGCGUGGCCGGCUAACAGGCGAUUCUUUUUACGUUCGUAGCUGGUGGAUGACUAUGUGGCCUCUGAGGGUGCAGUACAGCGAGUGCUGGUCCCUGCUUACGCCAAGCAGCUCUCACCAGCCACACAACUGGCCAUCCAGCGGGCAGCCUCAGAGACAGGGCCAGACAAUGGAACCAAGCUGCCACCACCCCGCCCCGAGGACAUGCUCAGUGCCGCUGCUGCGUUGGAGAGCGCCUUGGAAGAGUCCGGCCCCGGGAGCACUGCGGAGUUGAGGCACUCCCUCGGGUUUACUGCUUCCCCGUGCCGGACCAGAGGAAAUGGGCAGAAGAACUCCAGGCGCAAGCGGGACCUGGUGCUCUCUAAAUUGGUCCACAAUGUGCAUAACCACAUCACCAAUGAGAAGCGAUUCAAUGGGUCUGAAAGCAUCAAGUCCUCUUGGAAUAUUUCGGUAGUGAAGUUCCUUCUGGAGAAGCUCAAGCAGGAACUGGUGAGCAGUCCCCACAACUACACUGAUAAGGAGCUGAAAGGAGCCUGUGUGGCCUACUUCCUUACUAAGCGGCGUGAGUAUCGCAACUCCCUGAACCCCUUUAAAGGCCUGAAGGAAAAAGAAGAGAAGAAACUUCGAAGUCGCCGGUACCGGCUUUUUGCCAACCGAUCCAGUAUCAUGAGGCACUUCGGACCUGAGGACCAACACCUGUGGAAGGAUGUGACAGAAGAGCUGAUGUCAGAUGAAGAGGACAGUCUUCAUGAGCCAGGCGUCUGGGUGGCCCGGACUCCCCGCUUUCGGGCCCAGCGCCUCACAGAGCUCUGCUACCAUCUGGAUGCCAACUCUAAGCAUGGCACCAAAGCCAACCGUGUGUAUGGGCCUCCCUCUGACAGACUGCCUUCUGCUGAAGCCCAGCUCCUUCCACCAGAACUCUACAAUCCUAAUUUCCAAGAAGAGGAGGAUGAGGGAGGUGAUGAGAAUGGACCUGUCUCCCCAUCUUUUGACCAACCCCACAAAACCUGUUGUCCUGACUUGAACUCAUUCAUCGAAAUCAAGGUAGAAAAGGAUGAGUGAAAUCUCUAACCAAGAAUAGCUGGCUUCUGCCACUCCCCAAGUCCCAGAAAUGGGCAGCCAUGGGGCUUUCCGGAAUAAUGAGCUGCCCUCUGCAGUCUGAGAAGGCAAAUUUGCCUCUCUGCUUAACACAGUCUCUGCUGGAAGUGGAACAUGUUAGGUCUGGUGGGAUGAAAGGACUUACCUAGAGGAAGGAAAACAUCCCCACUGUGAAUGGCAAGCCAGAAAAUGCUUAUUCCUAAGCAUAAACAGUGCCUCGGAGGAGCCUGAGAUGGGAAAAGGAGGAGGAUGGGUCUAAGAAACAUGAGGCCUUCUUGACAUA